AUGGUGGUGAAUGAAGCUGACGAGGCAAAGGCAAGUGCGUCACUGGCCCGACUGCGGUUGUUCCUGUCGUCGCACACUCCAAAUGGUCCAGGAGAGGCUCACGCAGCAUCUCCUGAACGUCCUGCUACAGAAACCCCGAAAGAUGAAGAUCAUGAUGAAAGUAGCUCACAAGCCCCAGAUCCACCUCCCACAUCCUCUGAAUGUGGAGUUGACGUUGAUUCUACCCCCGAGGUUCUACUGGACGACGACGAGGAGGAUGAUGCUGUGCAGACCACCAUCCCUGCUGCAGGAGCGGUGGCAAGUGUUACCCCCAUGAGUCAAUCGUCGAAGGAGUUCGCGCGAGUUAAGUACCUACUGCAGUGCUCAUUGCCAGGAUAUCGUGUGCAUGAAGGUGUUGUGAUUUGGGACAUGCGGAACCCGUCGCUAGUAGCUCAGUAUGAACAGCACACUGCGGGGUUGCUGGAGCUUGAAUCCUGGGUAUCCGUGAACGAUCUUGGAGCCGACAUGGGCGACGUACAUAGCUACGGCUUUACGUCACUCGAUGCCAACCAAACAGGCAUGAAGUUUACGACUGGUAACCUCCAACUUAGUGCUCCUCUUGAUCAACCAGCAUCGACCAAGAAGCCAUCCAGCACUCGACAACUCGUACUCUGCAAGAUUGCAGUCGGUCGAUCACUAGUCAUUCACGACGAGGAAGAAGCCAAAGCUCGGCUCCCAGCUGGAUACCACAGUUACUAUUUGCAUCACGAAGAAGAAGCUGGUGAACAGGAUCACAACCUUCAAGCUGCAUUUUUAGAUCGUGGUUACUAUCACGAGUAUAUCCUGACCAACACUCUCCAGGUCUUGCCACAGUAUCUCGUGCGCUUCACCUUUUCGGCUGCCGAUGCACACGGACCGGCAGUUGGUUCAUGUGCACUUUGCGAACAACACCCCGCGGUUGUAAUCUGCCGGAACUGUGAAGCACAGAUCUGUGCUCAAUGUGACCAAGAGGUUCACUCAGCUAACAAGUUGGUGCGUCGACACAAGCGCACACCAUUGCGCAGCAAGUCCAAGGCCUUAGCCAUUGAAGGCGCUAGACGUGGCCGGCGUCGUAGUUCGACCCCAUCGCUAGCUGCUGCAAUUGCGGAGAUAGGCAUGGAGAACCUUAUGAACCCGUCCCAGGAGCCAACGGAAGCGCAGAUCAAUGCGAUUAUUGCUAAGCAAAUGGAAGAAGGUUUGCUCACGGAUGAUGCACAGAUGCCUAUGUGUCGAACGCACAGUGAUAAGAAGGUGGAAUUCUACUGUCCUGUGUGCCAGGUUCCUGUGUGCGUGACCUGCAAAAUGGUGGGAGAUCAUUCGAUCGGAGAGAAAGGCUCGCACAGACUGCUCGCCGUUGCGGAUGCCUAUGAAACGUGUCUACGUGAGUCACUGCGUCCUGAUCCACUGAUCACGUCUCGCAAGACUGUGAUUGAAAACAAACUUCAGCUUUUAAAUCGAGUUCAAUGCAGUGUGCAAGACAACAAGGCACAGGUUGCUGCUGCUAUCAAGGAGCAAUGUGCGCGAGCUCUGCGUAGUUUGGACGACGCAGUCGCGUUAAAGAUGCGAGUGUUGUCCGGUGAAGUACUCGAGUUUGAGCGACAAUUGCAGCAGAUCGAUUGGGUGGAUGAAAGUCUGGAAGACCACCGGACGCUACUACCAGCGGUGGAGUUUCUAGCAGCCUGGAACCAGCACAAACUGCUUCGAGCCGAGCAACGCGACUUCCCGCCUUUUGCACACGGUUCCAAUAACAGUGCGGAGCAGGUGAAAGCCGAUCUGCAACUUGCAGGUGAGCUUCGCGUCAUGUCGGCAGAUCAAAUGGCAACUCCGCAACAACGUCCUUCGUUCACGUCAAAUGACGAUGAUCCUGCAGUCGGUGAUGGCAACAACGCAAGCGGUGGCAACCAGGGCGAUGGUUCCCAUACAGAGCUAAAGGCUGCCGCGCUACUUACACAACACCGACGUGCAUGUGACAACGAUCUUCGUAAACGGUUAAUCAACAUGAGAGCCUCACUUCCUAUAGAACCCAACGGAGCCUUCAUGGUUUCGCGGCGUGUGGUGUCUCCCAAGUGCCAGGAGCUACUGGACGAGAUCCGCCACGAUAUUCUAACCCAGAACAGCGCUAAGAAGAGCCCUGCAGCUGUCUCGCCUCGCGCCGCUGGAUCUCCUCGCUCUCGCUUCGGCAUUUCUCUCGUUGGAGUUGCGGGUAGAAUGGCAGAUUCCACAGCCUCAUUGCGAGCGUUUUCAGUGCAGCCAAACACUAGGAACGAGGAACUGCGCUCACCCCGCCGCACCAGCGCGUGGUCAACUCUCCUGCGCCACGAAAUGGGGCUCACCGACAAUUGAUCCAUACAGCUUGUGUGUAAAAGCAGGGAUAAAGAUACUUUUUUUUUCGUGGUGCCA